AUGGUCCCGCUCCGACCCGCUUGCCCAACCGCCCUCCACGUUCUGACGUCCAACCCCCCAACUACGCCCGCUCUGAUUGGCCUCCUCCCUCUCCCCGCGGCCAAUCAGAAGGCGCAGAGGGGGAUUGCGGGAGGCGAACAGCAAAGCGUGUCCCCUAGAGGAGGAAACAGGGAGAAACUGAUGCUGAGGUGCCCCAUUCCCUUCCCAGAUUCCAGCAGCACCAUUACAGGACUCAUUGUCCUCCUGCUGCACGGAUUCCCGAUCUUCAGCUAUGACUGGUACAAGAUGUGGGAAGUGCUGACACAAAGGUUCCACCAGGUCAUUGCUCUGGAUUUGGUAGGAUUUGGGUUCAGUGACAAACCUAGAUCCCACCACUACUCAUUCAAGCAGGCCAGCAUCGUUGAGGGGCUGGUGCAGCACCUUGGCCUCCAUCACAGCUGGAUCAACCUCCUGUCCCAUGCCUAUGGGGAUACAGGCACACAGGAGCUUCUGCACAGGCUGAGGGGUCUUGGAAUCCUCAAGGAUGGGGGGCUGCUGUCCCCCAUCAUCAUGUGUCUGAUGAACUUGUCUUCUCCAGAGGGUGAGCUUGGGGCAGUCUUUGGGCCCUACACGCAGCCUUCACAGGCAGGGUACUGGGAUAUAUGGAUGGCCGUGCGGACCAACGAUGGGAAUCUCCUCAUUGACAGUAUUUUGCAGUAGAUAAACCAGAGAAAGAAGCACAGAGAACGCUGGGUUGGGGCUUUGAUGUCCACCUCUGUCCCACUGCAUCUCAUCUAUGGGCCCCUGGACCCUGUGAAUCCACACCCAGAGUCCCUUCAGCUUUACAAGAAGGUGCUUCCCAUGACCACAGUGUCUGUGCUGGACAACCACAUCAGCCACUAUCCACAGCUGGAGGAUCCAGCAGGCUUCCUGAAUGCUUAUCUCAACUUGUUCAACUACUUCUGA